UCACAUCUUUCUAUUUUUAUCAUUGUAAUUAUUAUUUUUAUUGUUGUUUCACAAUCAAUGACCCUCCCAAAAUUGAUUGAUUAAUCAGGUCUAUUCAUAUACAGAAGUGAGAACAUAUACAUAUAUAUAUGCGAAACGAAAAGUUUGAGAAUGUAAUAAAAACGGAUUGCACAAAGUUUACUUCAUUUACGAAAAAUGACGACUUUACGGAAAUUCAACUAUCCAAUAAUAACAAAGUGUGACUUGUGGAAAGAGAACUAUUUUGGAAAAGAGGUACAUGAUCCCUAUCGAUGGUUAGAAAAUGAAUACUCGACAGAAGUACAACAAUUUCUCAGAUCACAAAUGAAUUUAUCAGAAGAUUUUCUUAAAAGAUGUCCAUAUAAAGAGGAAUUUUACAGUUAUUUACAGUCACUGUGUGAAUUCGAUCAGUUCACUUGUCCAGUAAUUCGUGGUUCCAAUUAUUUUUAUUGUUUUAAACCACCACAUUCGAGAAAUGUCGUUCUAGAAGUUAUACGUGAGAAAACAAAUUUCCCAGAAAUUGUCUUGGAUUCUACAUGUGUUGGCUUAGAUAAUUCUGAAAAGGUGACCGCAUUUAACAUCUCCAACUGUGGAACAUACUUAUGCUAUGAGGUUGUAAAUUCAUCUGUAGGAUGGUAUAAAUUGAAUUUUAGGAACAUUAAAACAGAUAAUGAACUUUCAGAUUGCAUAAAGUUAUUUACAAAAACUUCACUCACAUGGUCUUCAGAUAAUAAAGGAAUAUAUUAUAUCUAUUGUAUACCAACCAAUCCACCAGAGGAACAAGUACAUGCUUUAAUGCAAAAUUAUUUAUUGUAUAUAUAUUAUCAUAAAUUGGGUGAUGAACAAUCAAAGGAUAUAGUAAUUUGGAAUUAUGAAAUGUCUAGACCAAAUUUAAUGUUCUGCGAACUCAAUGAAAAUGGACGUUAUUUACUGCUGAGUUUAUACAACGAAAACUAUACGCAAAAUAAGUUGAUAUUCGGUGAUCUUCAACAUGAACGAGUCAAAACAAAAGGUCGUCUAAAAAUGAAUCCCAUUGUUGAUGAAUUCGAUGCCUAUUACAAAUUUAUCGGUAGUACUUCAACACAUUUUUACAUAAUGACUAACAUGAAUGCACCAAUGAAUAAAAUUAUUAAAGUUGAUAUAAAAGAUCCUGAAUGGUCAAGCUGGGAAGAUUUUGUACCUCAUAAUUCAGCAAGUAAAAUGGAACACGCUGUAUGCGUAAAUCAACGAUACAUGGCUAUCUGUUAUCUAGAAAAUGUGUUAAAUCAUAUAUCAAUCUAUGACUGGAAUACUGGGUUACACUUACGCAAGAUUUCAAUACCUAUUGGUAAAGUGUAUGCUCUUAGUGCACACCAUACAAGUAUGAAGAUUAUUGUCGGUUUUGCUACAUUCAAUGAACCCUGUACUCUGAUGUAUUGUAACUUAGCCGAGAAUAACUGUAAGCUUGAGGGUAUCACUUUGACUGGUAAAAAUCCAUGUAAAUUGAUUUCAUUCGGUGGCUUUGGUUUAACUAAUCAACCAUAUUACUCUGCAAGCAAUCUGUUAUUUGUAGAACAUUUCAAUGGAAUUAUUGCAGUGGCUAAUAUACGUGGUGGAGGUGAAUAUGGAGAGCAGUGGCAUAAAAAAGCAGUUAUUACUAAGAAAUCUGUCGCUAUUGACGAUAUUACCGCAGCAGCAGAAUAUUUGAUCAGAGAAAGAUACACUAAUUCAAACAACCUUAUAUUAUACGGAAAUGAAAACGGUGGUCUGCUGGCAGCUUCAUGUGCUAAUCAAAGGCCAGAAUUAUUCAAGGUUGUCAUUUUAGACAAUCCACUUGGAGAUAUGCUGCGUUAUUACAAAUACUCUUCAACAGGUAGAUGGAUGAACGAAUAUGGAAAUCCUUAUCAUGAAGAAGAUUUCAAAGCAUUAUACAGUUAUUCACCGAUACAUAACAUCCCAAAUUUAUCAGUCUCAAAGUCAUGUUAUCCAGCAGUUUUAAUAUUGUCAGACUGUAAAACCGCAAAUGUGGAAUAUGUGCAUUCAAUGAAAUUGUUAGCAGCACUACAAAAUGAAAUUACUGCAAUUCAUACAUCUGAACAAAAUUACUGUAUUCUUGGAUGGUUUAAAACUGAAGAUAAACUUAAGAUCGAGAAGGUGAUUAGCAUGUGGUCAUUUAUUCAGAUAUAUUUAUCACUUCAUUGGCAAGUGAAUAAAAAGAAUUCAAAGCCUUCCAGGAAAUUAUCCAUCAACAGAAAGUAG